ACCGACGUCCGGCCACGAUGUCAUGAUUACUGUGAGAAGGAUGCUGCAACAAGCUCUCAAAGUAUCCGGCCGGAGCGCCUUCCCACUGGUGAAGUGGAUGGAGAGGUGGACUAAGGGCGCAUCAGCCAAGCCGCAGGCACCGAGGACCCUGGACGACAUGCCGGGACCGUCGGUGGCCAUCUUCGCCUGGGACUUGUUCGCCAGACGGGGGCUGUCACGGCUACACGAGAUACAGCUGGAAGGAGUGCAGCGGUAUGGGCCCAUGUGGAAGGCCAGCUUCGGCCCCAUCCUGACAGUUCAUGUGGCUGAUCCAGCGCUCAUUGAGCAGGUACUGAGGCAGGAGGGCCAGCACCCCAUGCGCUCUGACCUUUCCUCCUGGAAGGACUACAGGAAUCUCAGAGGACACCACUAUGGACUCCUCACAUCUGAGGGGGAGGAGUGGCAGUCGGUGAGGCGUCUCCUGGGGAAGCAUAUGCUGCGACCAAAGGCAGUCGAAGCUUACGAUAAAACCCUCAACGGUGUGGUCAGUGACCUCAUUGCCAAACUUCGCCUUCGCAGACGCUCUCAGGGCCUCGUCUCUGACAUCGCCAGCGAGUUUUAUCGCUUUGGUCUUGAGGGCAUUUCCUCAGUGUUGUUUGAAUCCAGAAUCGGUUGCCUGGAUGAAGUUGUCCCAGAAGAGACCGAGCGUUUCAUCCAGUCGAUCAACACCAUGUUUGUAAUGACGCUUCUCACCAUGGCCAUGCCAAAGUGGUUGCACCAGCUCUUUCCAAAACCCUGGAACAUCUUCUGUCAGUGCUGGGACUACAUGUUUGACUUUGCGAAAGGUCACAUUGACCAGCGUCUGACGGCCGAAGCAGAGAAGGUUGCCCGUGGAGAGGAGGUGGAGGGCCGUUACCUCACCUACUUCCUGUCGCGGACCGGUCUGCCCAUUAAGACCGUCUACAGCAACGUCACAGAGCUGCUUCUUGCUGGAGUCGACACAAUCGCCAGCACCAUGACCUGGUCGUUGUAUGAGCUGUCCCGUCACCCCGAGGUGCAGGCAUCGCUCCGGGACGAGAUGUUGAGCGUGCUGGAGGGUCGACGCAUUCCGGAGGCAAAAGAUGUGGCCCGCAUGCCUCUCCUGAAGGCCACAGUCAAAGAAGUGCUUAGGUUGUACCCCGUUAUUCCUGCCAAUGCAAGAGUCAUUACAGAGAGAGACAUCCAGGUUGGAGGCUACCUCCUCCCUAAAAAUACUCUGGUUACCCUGUGCCACUUUGCAACAUCGCGGGAUCCAGCGGUGUUUACAAACCCGGAUGAAUUCCAGCCCCAUCGAUGGUUGAACAAGGACGGGACUCACCACCCUUAUGCCUCUGUACCAUUUGGGGUGGGGAAACGCAGCUGCAUAGGUCGUCGCAUCGCUGAGCUGGAACUCUACCUUGCUCUUACCAGGAUUCUCACAGAGUUCGAUCUGAAGCCGGACCCUGAAGGGAUUUCCGUGAAGCCCAUGACACGGACGCUUCUGGUUCCUGAAAAUGUCAUUAACCUCCAGUUUAUUGAACGACGACCCACUUUCCUGUGCUAAUCUAUUACACGAACGAGAACGUGAGUCUCUUCGCAGUAGAGAGCGCUAGCAGACAGAGUUAUCACAGGAGCCGCGAGCCUGUUGCACGCAGUCAGAGCGGACCUUCAACCUUUGAAACGACAAAGGCCAAAGGCCAAAGCCCUCCUUACUUGUAACCCUAGUGUCUGGAGGCUAAUGUGUGGAGAAGGACACAUGAAUGAGGGAUGAACAGUGACAGCUCAUCAAUAUGGCUUUACUCUGAGAAUGGUGCAACUCCAAAUGUAAUACUGUGGGUUUUUUAGACUACAAUCACCACGAAGAACUUUUUGCACAGAGGCCAAGAGGAAGCCAGUGAUCUCUUUCAGUACGAUUCUAUAGACAACCUUCAGACAUCACGCUAAAAAUGUCAGACCAUGUUGCAUCUCAUAGAAUUUGCAACAAGUUUGUAUUUUAAAUUUAUUUUCAAAUAAACCCAUUCCUAGAUCUGAUUAUGAACUAUAUUCAGCAUUUCCUGUGUGUCCUGGACGUGCAAAUAUUUCAUUUUAUUAGUGUUGCUGUAUAUGAGUCUGAUAUACACAGUGUGCUGUAAAUGAUUUGAGUAUGAGGAGAGUCUCAGGCUGGCAGAUGAAACGAUGUUUCUUCAGCUGUUAUUAAGCUUCUGUGAGUUUUGUGUAGAUAUGAUGUUCAACAUAUUAAUCAAAGUGUAUUUUAUAACGUGCUUAUGGUGAACUUUUAGUGACGGGUUCUUUUUUUGUAAAACGGCAGCUGUUUAUUAUUCCUGUGUGUACUGUUUAAAAUCUCAAACGUAGGCCACUCUGCACCCUGGCUUUGUCUGUGUUGUCUUUCAAAUGUAGAUAUGUGCCACAAUUCAACAGUGCAGCAUAAUGCAACUUUACAUUUUUAUUUUUUUUAACUUACUAUAGGUGAUGUACCACCACUUUGUUCAUGUAAUAAGCUUCAGUAUCUGAACUCAGUAUUUAUUAUAAUUUAACAUGUUAAAACUGUUUCUGUAGGUGUCAUUAAAUGGUUUCAAGUUUGACUUUUGCCUAUUUGUUGAUUUAAUUUGGCCAAACCAAUGAUAAUCCAGUUUACAUCAAUAAUAUCACUUGUUUCUUUUGUGUCAAUGUGAUGCCCACUUGUCUUCUCAACAAAAAUAAUCCCCUCAGUCAUGAUUCAGCAUUUGCUUUAAGGUCUAAUGCCAUCAGCUGCAACAGAUUAGGUCCAACCGCUUAG